GCUGAUAAUUUAGCCCCUGCAAGCAUGGUGAACGUUCCUAAAACCCGGCGGACUUUCUGUAAGAAAUGUGGCAAGCACCAACCCCACAAAGUGACACAAUACAAGAAAGGCAGGGAUUCCUUGUGUGCCCAGGGAAAGCAGCGUUAUGACAGGAAGCAGAGUGGCUACGGUGGACAGACUAAGCCGAUUCUCCGGAAAAAGGCCAAAACUACAAAGAAGAUUGUGCUGAGGCUUGAGUAUGUUGAACCCAACUGUAGAUCUAAGAGAAUGCUGGCUAUUAAGAGAUGCAAGCAUUUUGAACUGGGAGGAGAUAAGAAGAGAAAGGGCCAAGUGAUCCAGUUCUACGCUUCAUCUUUUGUUUUAUUAUGAAGACAAUAA